AUGGCUCACAGAGCUCUAUUUCAGGUUAUUUUCACCGGUGCUCAGGUCUUCGGAAGAGCGUUUUCUGAGGCUUACAAACAAGCAGCUGUUCAAGCCAGCAAACCGGGUGCUAACGCGGCAAGAGCGGGUGCUGCCAAGGCCGAAUACGGUGGAAUUACGCUAGACGAAAGUUGCAAGAUUCUCAACAUCGAAAACGAGGCAGACUCGGCAAAUCCAGAAAAAAUCGAAGAGAGAUUCAAGUAUCUGUUCGAUGUGAACGACAAGGAAAAGGGCGGAAGUUUCUACCUGCAAAGCAAGAUCUACAGAGCUGCGGAGAGACUGAAAUAUGAGAUAGCCGAGCGAGAAAAGCUGGAGGCAGAGCGACAAACGGGGCCAAGCGAAGACCGUGCAGAGAAGCAAUAG